CACCCCUCCCUAUCUGUUCCCCUUACUCCCUCCAGGCUGGCCUCAAACUUACAGAGACCUUCCUGCCUCUAUCUCCCAAGUACUGGAAUUAGAGGCAAGCACCACCUCACCAGGCUCUUCCUCUUCUUCCUGCAUUCUUCCAGACCUGGUUCUGUGUGUCAUACCCCUCCCAGGUCUGUGUUCUCACCUGUGGGGGCUUCUCUGUUCCAUGCCUGUGAACUCUCUGAACUUCCCGCUGCUCCCACUCUUUUUUUUUUUUUCUGUCCUCGCCUGUCUGUGUUCUGAACCCCUCUCUGCAUCCUUCAUGUCCUUGGUCAGUCGCCCCUGGCCUGCCUGGCUCUCUCUGUCGCUCCUCGCCCCGCUGCCAGCCCAGUCACAAUCGCUCCAGGACGUCAGCGUGUGCUGCAGGUUCACGGCCCACUGGCCUGGCAGCCCAGUCCCGCCUGUGGCCCGCAGCCCCAGGGAGCCCGUGGGUUCUCGGCGGGUGUGCUGGGUGUCCCCCGCCCCGUGCACGGUUCUGCGUGUCCCGACGUGAGCGAGCAGUGGCCAUGGGCACACGCGGGCCCUAUGUGCUGGUGGACACCACGCCGGCCAAGACCAUCUUGGUGUACCGCAACGGGGACCAGUUCUACGUGGGCCGCAAGUUCGUGUUCUCGCGGCGCCGCGUCGCCAACUUCGAGGCUCUGCUGGAGCAGCUGACGGAGCAGGUGGACGUGCCCUUCGGCGUGCGGAGGCUCUACACGCCCACGCGCGGCCACCAGGUGCUAGAGCUGGACGCGUUGCAGGCCGGUGGCAAGUACGUGGCUGCGGGCCGCGAGCGCUUCAAGAAACUGGACUAUAUUCAUAUAGUUCCCAGGAAACCUUCAAAGAUGCGAAAGUUGAAGGAAAUCAAGCCGGUGGUACAUUGUGACAUCAACGUGCCUUCCAGGUGGCAAACACAGAGCAGGACCUCCCGGCACAUAAAUGUUUUCACAAAUGGAAGAAUAUUCAUCCCACCUAUAAAAAUUAUUAUACCCAAAUUCAGCCUGUCAGAUUGGAAUAGUGUGCUGGCCAUCAUUGGAGAAAAAGUCUUCCCUCUGGGAGGCGUUCGAAAAUUGUUUACGAUGGAUGGGCAUCUUUUGGACAACUCAAAGGAUUUGCAAGACAAUUAUUUUUAUGUUGCUGCAGGACUGGAGACUUUCAAAUCUCUUCCUUACUGGAAGUCCCCACGGGUCCCCAGUGAGAUCCAACAGAGGUUUGGAGGCAAUGAUAAAUACAUACAAACAAAGAAAAAAGUGGAGUUCAAAAGAAAAGAGCCUCUCAAAAGUGACAGCGACCUACCUAAAAUCCAGGAUUCUGUUUAUUAUGCCAAAGAGAAAAAGAAGACACCCCUGGGACCUUUAGUUCAAAGUGGUGCAGAAGGUGAUGUGUAUAAAGCACAGACUCCCGCUAAGGAGGCCCAAGAAGCACUGGAAGUCAAGGAGGACCCAGAGGUGAAGGUGGAGGUGCCGGUUGACCAGGUGGGUCGCAAGGGCUGGGACCAUCUUCACUCAGCUGUGUCAGCCCCUACUUCUCCUACCCCCUUCCACAGCCUCACCCUCAAGUUCUCCCUGGCCUCUAGAAGGUUCUAUGCUCUACCAGUUAACUACUUACUAAUCCGUAAGAGUCCCCAUGCCAGACAUGUCCAUACCUGUUCUUCCUUCCCCCAGCACUUCUGUUGA